AUGAAUACUCUUAGUACUCAUGCUAUUGAUUUUUUUCAGUUCGCCCUUCAACCUGUCAAUGUCCUCAGUCAAGGCGCCGAUGAAGAAAAGGCAGAAACUGCUCGUGUUUCUUCCUUCGUGGGUGCAAUCGCCAUAGGUGAUCUCGUCAAGAGCACACUUGGACCUAAAGGGAUGGACAAGAUUUUGAUGACAUCGGAAACUUUUGAAGUGACGAAUGAUGGAGCUACCAUCCUUAAGUCUAUUGGUGUCGAUAAUCCCGCUGCCAAAAUUCUUGUCGAGAUGAGCAAAGCGCAAGAUGACGAAGUCGGGGAUGGUACGACAUCGGUCACCGUUCUUGCCUCCGAACUACUUCGUGAGGGAGAACUGCUUAUUACGUCGAAGCUUCAUCCACAAACUGUUGUUGCGGGCUGGCGCGAGGCUUCCAGAAUUGCCCUCGAAGCACUAGAGCAAUCCGCCAACAACCACGCCGGGAACAUGGCCGAACUUCACAAUGACGAAGUUUUCAAGGCCCAGCUUUUGAAAAUCGCGCGAACGACUUUAAGCUCAAAACUUCUCACCCACCACAAGGAACAUUUUGCUAACCUCGCUGUUAAUGCAGUUCUCCGCCUAAAGGGUAGUGGAAGUCUAGAUGCCAUCCAGGUAAUUGAGGCUUUACUCUUAAGAUUUCUUCAGUCUAACUCCACUUUUUUCUGCAUAGUAAGCAUAGUGAGAGUUGAUUCGACUCAACUAAUUGAAUAA